AUGGCUCUUGCAUUACUACCACCUAAUGAAACUGAAAAUGCUUUGCAAUUGAUCAAGUUAGGUGCACCCAAAAGAAUGAAAAAAUUUGUACAAUAUGUACAAGAUUUUUGGUUCAACAAAAUAGGACUAAACAUGUGGAAUGUAAAUGAUCUCAAGUUUAGAACGAAUAAUGCAUGUGAAUGUAUAUAAAUCAUCCUUGAUGGAUGGUACUAGUAUUUCUACACAUAAUUUUCCAUAUUUAGCAUGGCAC